CCAAUAUUUUAACUCUUGCAUUUUCUUUUCACCAGCAAUUGUUUCUCUUCUUGUCUUCCAGUCUCGUCUCUUUCACAGCAAACUACCAAACCUUAAACCUAGGGUUUCAAAAUUCAAAUUACUCCCAAGUCACUCUGUCAAUUCUUUUUCACACCGACGAGCGAUCUCUAGUUCUCUAAACCAGCCGACCGCCGCCCACGACGCCGACAACGACGCACUCGCACACUCGCACUCCCGCAGCCGGCAGCCCACUACUACUGACUGGAACUCUAGAAUACCGUGAAACCCUCGAUCCGCCACUGAUCCGAAUUUAAGAUAAGCUAAUGGAAGUAAGAAUUUGAAGGCUAUAACAUUUGGUGCAUUUAUGUUCUGCGGCUUGGGAAUUCCAGUAGCUUUCUUGGUGGUCCAUCAUUUCCAUGCAGCUGAUCUCAAAUCCAGUCCUGAUCAUGCUCUGCUUAUACUUUGGGCCACUCAGUGUCCCAUGUCCCAUUGCAAUCUUGCUUUCCAGUUUUUCCAGGAAAUAUCCAGGGAGAUGCUCUUACGUGAGGGGCUGAGGGCUGCAGGACGCGGACUACUGGGACUUUUUGCAGGAGUGUUUGUCUUUGCUCUUGGAGCAAUUAGCUUGGGUGCUCCAGUUGGCUCAAAAGUUCUUGGAAUUUCCAAUGGUACUAUACGGUACGCUUUGGCAGUUCUCACCAGCUGCUGCUGUCUUUGGUGCAUCUUGGGUAGACUGGCAGCGAAUUUUUGUGAAAAUCAGGCCAACAGGAUCUAUUAAUUAUAUGGUUUGCCUUCCAGCACCUGGCUCAAUCAUCGGGUCUUAGUUUGGGGCGUGGCCAAUGCCACUUGAUUGGGAGAGGCCAUGGCAGUUCAGGUUGACUAUAGCGUGCACAAGGAACAAAAAGAUCUAUGGCAAAGAACCCUCAUGGUUAUAGUUGCUUUUGGUUUAUGUGGUCUCAAAGCAAUGUUGGUUUUCAUGAAUUUUUAGUACCUUAAAUGAAUCCGAUACUUAUAUGCUAUAAUCUCCUCGUUUUGAAUAUUUAUAACCCUGCGACAAUUAGAUAAAUUCGUUAAGUUCCUAUUUCAUUUGUCUCGUUGACUUGUAGACAAGAUCUGCAAAAUAAAACCUGUAAUUUUGAGCUGUUAUUUUCUUAUGAAGUGCAUCUGCCUUGGGAUAUUUUCUCUGAGCACGUGCUUUAAAUCUUUGAAUUACUGCAAGCUGCACUUCUUUAGGAACUGAAGACGACUCUCGAGGAUCUGUAGCACUGACAUAUACAGUUAUGGUAUCUCCGUCCGCUGCUGCCUUUACAUCCACUGUUUGCGUCCAUUGUUGCAAUGAGUUUUUGUUUUUAAGUUAAAGCUUCUUGUUUUGGGCUGUUUUCCGAAUUAAAGCAAGAGAAGGGGUCUUACGGGUAAAGUAUGGAGCUCGUACUUCACCCCAUUAGGCAACGCGGAUGGCACUCCAUUGGGCAGUUCAAUUAGUGUAUGAGUUGCUCAGGGAUGCUACCUCUACCUCUCAUUUAUCCAAAUCUAUGACGUAUUAAAUGUACAUGGUAUGUACUUAGUCUUAUUAAUCUAAUAGUUGGCUUUUUUAUGUGGUUCACCAAUAGUAAUGGUAAGCUUUUCUGUCAAGAAGUUCUAAUGUUCUUUGUAGCUAAAGCCUAAGAUGAUAGUGCUGGAGCCUGUAUAUGUGUUUGGUAAGUGUAGACGAAUAAGACGAUUUACAUGAUAUUACCUUCAUUUUUUUUUUAUACUUCUAACAUUUUUAAUUGA